AAUCAGCAACACCAACAACACCAACAACACCAGCAACACCAGCAACACCAGCAACACCAGCAACAUCAGCAACACCAGCAGCACCAGCAACACAACCCGCACCAGCCACAUCAGCAACACCACCAGCAACAUAACCUGCACCAGCAACACCAGCAACACCAGAAACACCAGCAACACCACCAGCAACACAACCAGCACCAGCAACACCAGCCAACGCAUCACGGCCCCCAACGACAACCGAGACACCAGCGGAGCACCCUGCUCCAUCUAGUCCAUCAGCCACUGCAGCACCCAUCAUCAUCGUCCCAGCAGUACCUCGUCUGUAAAAUUCAGUGCUUCCGAAGCCAGCAUCUUAGGACAAUUCGGCUCUAGAGAAGAGGAGUCCAAAGACUUCUCUACCCGUCGCUUCCUUGCCUUCGCGGCCCUCAGUUCUUCGGUAUAUAUGGGGACGAUCUCCUCCAUUACGGAGGCAGAAUCAUCCACCGCAGAUUCCGAGUUGGACCUCGAUGCUGGUCCCUUGGCUCUUCCUUUGGGCUUUCGUCCCCUUUUCUUCCUUGGGUUGGUCUUAACAACCUGCCAAUUUGCCUCCUUCAUGAAACUCACUCUGACAACCGGAGUUCUGAACCCCACCAGCGGAGCACCAGACUCCGAAUCCUACUCCAGAACAGUGGUCAAACCAACCAUGUCGCCGGAGGAGCACCCUUUGGAGCA